GCCUGUGACCAUGUGACGGGGGCGGGUGCCUGUCAUGGCGGCGCUGCUGUUUCUCUGCUCCACUGUGUGUCCGCGGGCGGGGGCCGCCAUCUACCGGCUGGACGACAAGCCCGGCCUGGGCCCCGAGUUUGACGGCAUCGGCGGCCUGAGCGGCGGCGGGGCAACUUCACGACUUCUUGUAAACUACCAAGAGCCUUAUCGCAGCCAAAUCUUGGACUAUUUAUUCAAGCCAAACUUCGGCGCAUCUUUGCAUAUUUUGAAAGUGGAGAUUGGUGGUGAUGCCCAAACAACAGAUGGGACAGAGCCGUCACAUAUGCACUAUGAAGAUGAUGAAAAUUAUUUCCGAGGAUAUGAGUGGUGGCUGAUGAAAGAAGCAAAGAAAAGGAAUCCUAAUAUUAAAUUAGUUGGACUACCCUGGGCUUUCCCUGCUUGGAUUAGUGGUGGAGAGAACUGGCCAUAUGUUUACCCAGACAGAACUGCCUUUUAUAUUUCUUCAUGGAUUCAUGGCGCUAAAUUGUAUCAUCAUCUCGAUAUUGAUUAUGUUGGGAUUUGGAAUGAGAGAAGUUAUAACAGAAAAUAUAUAAUGGUUCUGCGUCAAUCACUGGAUAAAGUUGGUUUAAAGAAUGUUGGUAUUAUUGCUGCAGAUGGAAAGUGGGGAAUCGCAAAUGAUUUAAUAGUUGAUCCAUACCUAAGUGACGCAGUUGAAAUUAUAGGGUAAGUUUUUGAGGCUAAAUUGCAUCAUAAAAUGUCAGCUCUUAUGAAUCUUUUCUUUCUUCAUGGUGCAGGCAGAGUUUGAAUUGACGUACAGGAUUUUAUUGAGAACUAUUGUGGAUUAUGGGCAUUUGAUAUCCUGUUUCACUGGCAGUAGUGUACAAUCUGAUUUUGGUUUGAGUUGUAUUUUUCAUGAUAUUUUAUCCUCAGCGUGAAUAUAUUUCUGCUGGACCUUUUUGUGGUCUUUCAGGAAGAAUAGGCUUAAAUUUGAUGGGUUAAGAACAAAAAGCCAGGUUGGAUCAUCAAAAAAAAAACAGAUCAUAAGGGAACAGCUCAAUGGCUUUGCAUUUUAAUUACAUGCCCUUCACCCAGCACCAGAGUACGUAAAUGAACGCUUAUAACCAUAAAGCUAUGUUGCAUGGAAACGUGCAUUUGGCCCACUUUGUCCAUGCUAUCCAAGCACAUAUUCUGGCUAGUCCCAUUUGCCCGUAUCACUCUAAACCCUCCCUAUCCAUAUAUCUGUCCACACGUCUUUUGAAAGUUGAAAUUGUAUCUUCCUCUGGCAGCUCAUUCCAUAUAUGGGCCACCCUCUGAGUGAAAAAGUUGCCAAUGUGAUCCCUAUUGAAUACCUGCCCUCUCACCUUAAGUCUAUGCCCUCUAAUUUUAGAAUCAUCUACUCCGUGGAAAAAUGCUGUGAGCGUUCACCUUGUACAUGCUCCUCGUAAAUCUUGCG